UUGACAGGCACCAAUAAACACACCACUCUGAAAAUUUCCUAAAACCCUACUUGGGAGUGAUUGUGAUUUCACACCUCAAACCUACCUUACUCUGCAACUCUCUCUCUCUCUCUCUCUCUCUCUCUCUCUCUAUCUAUCUUAUUUUUCUCUAUGAUUCCUCAGUUCAAUUCGCUCCCUUACCGUCCCAACCAGGCCCAGACCAAUGGAACCACCACUGCUCCACCUGCUCAACAGGUUGCUCCAUCUAAUCAUGGUCAAGGAAACCCAAAAAACUCUUUUCCAAAUUCCGCACAAAAUCAGGCUCAAAUUGGUGUAAUCAAUCCUCAAAUUCCAUUCCCUUUCAAUAAUUCCAAUACCCAUUUGAGCAAUGGACCUGUGGCAAUGCCCAAUAGACCGAUGAUUUUGGCACCCAUGGCUAUGGGCGCUCCUAAUCAUAAUCCUCUUCACCUGCAAAAUGGUAUGCCCCUUUUGGGUUCAACCAAUGUUAUGAUGCCUCAACUUGUUCAAUGCCAAGGUGGAUUCGGUCCCCAAAAUCCGAAUUCCAUGUCCAUGAAUCCAAUGAAUCUGAUUCAACCACCGAACCAGUUUUUUGCUCAUAAUUCUGUCAACAUGCCUCAGUAUUUAUGCCAAAAUGCUGUUUUGCUGAAUGGUCAAUCCUGUUUGCAGAGUCCAAUGCAAAACAAUAGCCAUCAGUUUGUCCAAAUGCCAAUGCCCAAUUAUACCCAAGUUGGUCCUUGUAAUAUGCAAAUGUACCCAAAUCAAGUUUCUCAGUCUAUGGCUAUUCAAAAUCCCAAUUUUUUUGCGAAUCCGCAGUUUGGUAUGGUGCAUUCUAAUGCAGUUGUCCAACCCAAUAACCAAAAUCAGCAAAAUUUAGUUCUGUCAUCAAUGGACGCAAAUGCAGCACGACAAUCACAUAAUAAUACUAGUCAACAGUCACAAGGGAACUCACCUCGGCAAUCUGCUUUUGGUUCAGUUCCACAACCACCUCAGAAUUUCACAAAGUCACAGGGAAAUUUCAGAAAAGAUGGUGGGAUUAAUAAUUCGAAUAACAACUGGAAGAAUUCUCAAAACACAAACUUCACGAAGAAUCUGAGAAAAGAUGCAUCACAUAAGGGAUUUUCGAAGUCUCAGUUUCAUAAUAUGCCAAAUGCAAAAGGAAAGUCGAGGUUUCAUAAUAAAUAUGGGGGGACAGGAUAUAAAAAUGAUGGGUCAAGAACAUGCAAGCUUGCUGAUUCUACCAACCAAACUCGGGUCGAACAUAAGGGAUUUAUAUCUUUGAAUUACACUGAACAAGAAAUCCAACAGUGGCGUGAAGCACGCAAGAAGAACUAUCCAUCAAAAUUCAACAUAGAGAAGAAACUGGCUGAAAAGCUGACAGAACCUGAGGUUACUGACAGAGAUGCAAAAUUGCGACGUGAGCAACUCAAAGAAGUUUUGGCAAAACAGGCUCAGUUAGGUUGUGAAGUUGCUGAAAUUCCAUCAUAUUACCUUUCUGAUUCAGAGAAACGAGUGCUGGGAAAGGAAGUAGAUAAAAAAUCAUGGACAAAGAAGGAGAGGUUCCAAAACAAGUUUAACAAAAGGGGAAGAUUCCAUCAAAAUGAAAGGUUUGGAAGGAAGCAACAAUCAGCAGAUGAUGAUCCAUCAAACUUGGCAGAUCAAGAUGAACGGUUUUCCAAGAAGCAAAAGUUAGCUGACAAUGAUUUGAACAAAAAGCAGCCAACUCUUUUGCAAAGGCUAUUAAGUGCUGAUAUUAGGAGAGAUAAAAGUCGUCUGUUGCAGGUUUUUAGGUUCAUGGUGAUGAAUUCUUUCUUCAAAGAUUGGCCCGAGAAAUCUCUGAGAUUCCCUUUGGUAAUAGUUAAAGAUGGUGUGGGUGAGGUAGUCGAAGAAAAAUCCUCGAGUUCAGGAAAAGGUGUUUCUGAAGCCUACAUUGAGACAAGUAACCAAGAAUCCGAGCGUGGUGAUUAUCGUGACGAUGGAGGUGAUAAGGACGAGGAUGACGACAAUAGCGAUGAUGAACAUGAUGUGCAAGCCAAAGAAGCGGUGUGUUUUGCUAGCGUAAAAGGCAGUAUGGGAGUUGAAAUUGAACAUGAGGAAGAAGAGGGAGAAAUUAUUGAUUAAGGAGAAGAGGAACCUGAUGACAGUAGUGGCAAUGACGAAAUUUAUGGGUUUUUUUUUGUUUUGUUUUUGUAAAACGAUUUGUGAAGGAGAAAAGAAAGUGAGAAAAUAUAAUUUGUAUUUUAUUCUAUUUUCUCUCUACAAAUAUCAAAUCCAAAUAGUCUUAAUUGAGGUUGCUUUGCCCACAAUCAAGGCUAGAGAGGCCUUCCAUCAAGGUGACCCGCUAUCACCUUUUCUUUUUCUUCUUGUUAUGCAAGUGUUAUUGGAGGGUUUUUCUCACUUA